AUGUCAACCGAUACAUCAAUCAAAGCAGGUAUUGACAGCAUUAGGGCCAAGGCCGAUGACUUACAUCUUGCCGAAGAUUCAAGUAAUGGAACCCAAGCCAACCUCGACAAGCACCAGAUCAAAGCAACUACUGCCUUUGGACAAGACAAUGGUAACAACGCUGGUGUAGCAGGUCAUAAUGAUGAUAAGAAUAAUAAGAAUAAUAAGAAUAAGAAUGAUGAUGAUGAUGAUGAUGAAGAUGAUGAUGAUGUUGCUGCUGCUGCUGCUGUUGGAGAUGCUGGCUCUGACAAGAAGAAAAAGAAAAAGAAGAGUAGCAAUAAAAAGAAGAAGAAAAAGCUUGUUUCCAUUGACCAGUCCUAUCCCGAUGGUGUUUUCCCUGAAGGUGAAUGGCAAGAAUAUGGAUUGGACUCAAACAAAUACCGUACAACAUCUGAGGAGAUGCGAUAUCUAGACAGACAACAAAAUAAUAAGUGGGAGGACUUUCGUAAAGGUGCUGAGAUCCACCGUCGAGUUCGUGCUAAGGCAAAGUCUUCUAUUCGUCCCGGAAUGACGAUGAUUGAGAUUGCCGACCUUAUUGAAAACUCGGUUCGCGCUUAUGCUAGUGCAGACCAUACUUUGAAGGCUGGUAUUGGUUUCCCAACAGGGUUAUCUUUGAACCACGUGGCAGCUCAUUAUACUCCAAACACUGGUGAUAAGUUGACAUUGGGCAAGGACGAUUUGAUGAAAGUGGAUAUUGGAGUGCAUGUCAAUGGAAGAAUCUGUGACUCUGCAUUCACGAUGACUUUUAAUGAAGAUGGAAAAUAUGAUUCCAUCAUGCAAGCAGUUAAGGAGGCAACAAAUACCGGUGUGAAGGAAGCGGGUAUUGAUGUGAGAUUAAACGACAUUGGUGCUGCAGUCCAAGAAGUCAUGGAAUCGUACGAGAUGGAGCUUGAUGGAAAAACUUAUCCUAUCAAAUGUAUCAAGAAUCUCAACGGUCACAAUAUUGGUGAUUUUAUUAUUCAUUCAGGUAAGACUGUGCCCAUCGUAGCCAAUGGAGAUAUGACAAAGAUGGAAGAAGGAGAGACUUUUGCCAUUGAAACUUUUGGGUCUACUGGUAAUGGAUAUGUGCUUCCUGAAGGUGAGUGUUCUCACUAUGCAUUGAACUCAGGAGUUGAAUCUAUUAAGCCUCCAAGCGAUAAAGCUAAACAUUUGUUAAACACCAUUCAGUCCAAUUUUGGUACAUUACCCUGGUGUAGACGUUACUUGGAAAGGACAGGUGAAGAGAAGUAUUUGUUUGCAUUGAAUCAAUUGGUUAAAGCCGGAAUUGUAGAAGAUUACCCACCUAUUGUCGAUAAAAGAGGAAGCUAUACUGCGCAAUUUGAGCAUACAAUAUUGUUGCACCCACACAAGAAAGAAGUAGUUACUCGUGGUGAUGACUAUUAA